GUCACUGUGGAAACAAGUAUAACAAGUUUACCUGGAUUUCCUGGGAUUAUAUCUACCACAAUAAAUUUAGUCAUCCAGAAUGGGCCUAUGAUACUGAUGGAUAUAACAUAACAGUGAAUAAAUUGUCCAAUAUUUUUUCAGUGACAAAUUCAAUCUGCUUCUUUUAAUGCACACGUAGGAAAAUGAAAGCAAUACCAAUAUUUACUUAAUUCUGUUGCUCGACCCCAGUUAAUAUCAAGCUGAUGAAAAGAAGAGAGUUAAUAGCAGCGGUCAUGGAACUUAAAAUUUUUAUAGUAUUUAGUGUUUUGUUUUGUUUUGUCAGAUGUUUUCCCAUGAUGGCUGACGCAUCUUUUAUCGAAAACAAUACCUCUGAACAAUAUAACAAAGAUGCAUUACUCCACGUAUUAUUACGUCAUAAGAGAUCGGCCAAUAAUACUUCGUCAGAUGACGGGAGGAGUGCGAUCGAAAAAUUCUAUGAUGAUCCAAAUAAUAAAGCCAUGUAUUUAGUGUUUCCACUGUUCGUCCUUAUAAUCAGCACAUGUUGUGGUCUUUACUUUUGUGAUAGAUGUAGGAAGCAUUUAAAAAAGAAAAAAGCCGAAGAAAGAAAAAAAGAAAAUGAGCUACUUGAUAACCUGGAAGAAAACGAAGAAAACAAAGCUUCAACAUCAAACAGUGUUAAUGGAAAAAGUAGUGAUGUGAACAAUUCAGUGAAAGAUAAUGGAGUUGCAAACAGCCCAAUUGCAUUGGAAAUGUCAGGCGAUAUAAACCGAAAUGAUACACCACUAGAAGAUGUAGAAAAUAGUCCUGAGGUUAAAGCGGUAAACGCCGUUCCUAUCAAACACAGGGAAACUAGUUUUAUGACAGAUGUACAAAAUGCGAAUAAGUAUGAUGUAGAACCGCAAUCCAAAAAUUCAUCAAGCUCUACCUUUGCCGAUGACGUCAAAUCAAAUAAUAGCAGUGUUCCAAAUGCUGUUGCCGAUGACACAUUAAAUUCGGAUACAAAUGGUUAUACUAUAAAACAUGAUUCGGUAAUAGCUAAUAAAGAAAAUCUGAAAAAAGAACAUGUCGCAAAGAAAAUAAAAAUGAACGAAAAUCUAAAGGAAAACAGGGUCGUUCCGGAAGUAUCAAAAAACAAUAACUCUGAUCAGCAACCUGAAGUGAUAAAACCAUUACCAACGAAAAGAGAAAUAGAAGUAAAGAAUACACAGAGACGAGACAGUUUUAAAUCAACAUCAACUGUACGAAGCAAUAAGAGUUUAGAUAGAAAAUCGAAUGGUAAACGAUCUAGUGCUGCAUUUCAUAAGAAAACGACUUUGCCUGAUGUUACGAAAAGAUAUUCAAAAAUGGACAGAAAAUUCACUGCAUUAUCAGCUGAAGCUAUUGGAGAAAUACUGCAAUAUUAUAAAGACAAAAAACAUAUGCCAGAUAUUAUUCCAGACGAAGAUGAAAAUGCAGCUCCUAUAAGGAAAAGAUUUAAAAAGGCAAAAUACAAAGUUUUUAAUGGCUAGCACUAAAUCUUUUAUAUUGUACAGUUUACACAAGAAAAUGAUAUUCCUUACAAUAUUGCUUCAGUGCCUUCUGAUGCAACUUCGAGUUACCAUUAGUUCUGAAUUUCAGUAUUUGGUACAUAAUAAACACUCAAUAAAAUUAAGCAGAUAUAAUGUAUCAGUGGCAAUCCCAUAUCCAUAUGGCGUUUAAGAGUUGGAAGGAAUACAAAGUCAGUAAUAAGAAGAUGUCCAUGAAGUCGCCAAAACUGUUAUAGGGUAUAAUAUUUUCUGCAUGCAUUAAAUUACAAAUUUAUUUUUGUAUUUAAAAACAAAACUACUUUAAGUAUUCAUUAUUGUUUAAUCUUCGAUGCUUAAUCUUAAUUUGUAACUAUGUAAUGAGUAUUGAACAUCAUCAAACUGUAAUUGCGUAUUUUUUCACAAAGUAUUCUAGGGUCGAAUAAUACAUGUUUCACAUUUAUAUGCAUGCUUGUUCGACAUAUUUGAUCAGGAUAAUUCAUGCUUACACUUAAAGAAGUCACUUCUUCUGAGGUUUGACAAUUAUUUAGUAAGUUUCCACAAAACAUUUACCUAUUUGUGAUUGACUACAAACAAAAUCAUUAUAUUAAAAACCCUCAAACUACUUUUUUUUACAUUUCAGUAUUUUAGUAUUAAGGCACAUAUGAAUAGAGGCAAUAGUAGUUUAUAAAGUAAUAAAUCCAUAUUUAGUGUAAAAACGUUUAGAAACCCAUUGUAAAUAACUCCAAACUGAACAUUUUCACAAGUCUAUUUAAAUACUUUCGUAGCCCGAAAUUAUAAAUUUUGUUUUACAUGUUUGGAAUAGAGCUAGAAACUACUAGCAUUUCGGGAAAAACGGAAAAACAGCCGUAUUCAUUAUUGUUUCAUUUUAACAUUUUAAUUCUUAUAUUGUAUAUGAACAACAGCCUUUCCCACAAGUAAAUUCCAAAUAUAAAUGUCAAUUUAUAUCUAGCUCUUCUGUUUAUAUCAAAUGUUACCAAAAUUGCUAGAUGUUAUGUAGUCUAAUAAUAGCAUUUACUUAUAUAUUUGAAUGAAUUAAAGAAUGUUUCUAAUUUUGCAUUUAUUUUGUCCAAUCUUAUUAUUUAUGUUGCUUCCUUUUGUUUUGCAGAUUCUAAAAAUUAACGAGCAUUUAACAUCUUGUAUGUUUAAAACUGUUCUAAAUAUCAUAUCAUGUCAUUGAUAUUACAAUCUAGGAGUAAAAUAUAGUAACAGGACAAUUAAACUAUUAAGUCAAAAAUCGAUUACCAACACCAUACCAAAAAACCCACCAGAAGACCACAAAAGACACACCAGUAUACAAUACACAACUGAAAAACUUCAUCAAAACCCCACAAAAUAAAGCAAGAAAUCAAAAAGUUUGUUUAAAAUCCACUUACAAAUAUCGUUCUAGUGAGGUACUGUUAUUUGAUCAUACAGUAUCAAAGAUAACAUAUCAAUAUAACACUUGAUGUCAUGGCCAGACAACAUGUGUCACAAAUCAUAAACAAAGAAAAAAACAAUUCAAACAAUGAUAAUAAUUUUUGGUUGUUCUAAAUCUUCUAUUUGUUUGUUUUUUUGCGUUAAUGUUCAUUUACAGAAGGCAAAAAUCUCUCUUAGAUGGAAAUAACGCUUAAAUAUUCAUUUAUGUUCGUCUGUUUUGUUCUAUUUUGUUUACUGUAUACAUGUGUGUUAACACAGUAAAUACUCAUAAUAUUGUACACUUAUUUGAAUUUGAGCUUGUUGUUUUUGUUAUAUUGCAAUCUCAACCUGUUAAACACUAGAAUAAUGAACUUUUUCAACUUGUAGGUAACUCUCUUUUAAUGUAAUGCGGGUGUGUGAGUUUGUUUCACUUAUCCCAUCUGAAAAUUUUACUCAUUCCAGCCACGCGCAAUUCUUGAAGAUAGCUCUAUUUUUAAAGAUAAUAUCACGAUUAUAACAAUUUUACUGAUAAUGAUAUAAAUGGUAAUAGUAAGUAUUACUUAAGUUUCAUGAAAGAUAGUUAGAUAAAUUGUGAAUAUUAAAACUGAAUAGUUAGUCCAAACCUUUGCCAUAUUACGUAUACCAUUCUGGAUAGUCCAAAAUCCAAUAAGAUUAAUGGAAGAAUUUUGUCUAAAUAAGAGGUCAUAUUAAGGCACAUGAUUAUUACAAUAUCUUUACAGUCAUCUCUGUUGACGCCUGUAAAUAAGUAUGGAUAGAAUAUGCAAAUUAAUGUAUACUUUUAUUUUAUUGCCUCCUAUUAUAAAUCUGCACUUAAGUCUAAAGUGGUAAGAAAUUAUAAGACACAUACACACGGAAUGCACAAUAUGUAAGCAUACAAUAUA